AUGGCAACAGACCAUCUCGACCCAGAGAGUCUGGCCUUUGACGACCUGCCGCCCUUCCCCAACGACGUUCCAACCGCACCACUCCUCCGCAUCAGCCUCAAGAAGCUCAUCGAUCAAGACACCGAUGAACAACAACGUCUAUGGCGUGCCUGCUGCGACCUCGGCUUCUUCUACCUCGACUUACGUGCCGGCUCUGAAAACGGCGACGGCGAGCUCAACGGCGAUGGUCUGCUGGCGGACGCCGAAGCCAUGUUCACCCUCGGCAAGCAAGUCCUCGAGCUCCCGGAGGUGGAGAAGGUGCAGUAUGAUUACCACGACGCGGGCGAGCAGGGCAGCUACUUCGGGUACAGACGCCUGGGUCAGAAACUCAUCGACGGCGGUGAUGGGAAGCGGGAUGGCAGCGAGUUCUGGAAUAGUUCGAAAGACGACUUACUCGGCGUCACUGACCCGCUCCCCGCACCAGCGGUGCUGCAGAAGGAGGGGAAUCGCGCGUUGGUGCGGAGAUACGUGCAGCGGUCUCACGCCGUUGUCACGCUUCUGCUUGGCGUACUGAGUGACCAGCUCGGUCUACCAGCGCAUACACUGCAGAAUCUCCACCGGCUCCGCACAACUUCCUGCGAUAUCGUGCGGUGGGUACGCGCGCCGUGGCAGCCCAUGGACGAGAAUAAGAUCUCACUGGGUCAGCAUACCGACUUUGGCAGCGUGAGCGUGCUGUUCAAUCGACUUGGCGGGCUGCAAGUUCUCCCGCCUGGGGAGGGCGCGGAAUGGAGCUACGUGCGACCCCUCCAAGGCCAUUGUAUUUGCAACCUGGGAGACGCAAUGGUGAAGUUCUCCGCCGGGAUCCUGCGGUCGAAUUUGCACCGUGUUGUCAACCCGCCGGGGAAGCAGGAGGGCUUGACGAGGAUGAGUCUGGUGUAUUUUGCUCGGCCGGAGGAUGAAGUUUUGCUGCGCGCACUUGAGGGGAGCGAGAUGAUUGAUGCGAGGCGGGGACAGCAGGAUGGUGGUGCAGACGAAGAAGAGGUGGUCACGGCGAAGGAUUGGAUUUAUCGUCGCUCGAUUGGGAGAAGGGUUGGUGUCAACCAUGCCAAAAGUAUGGGCACUGAUCAGGAGGGUCUGAAGCAGUCAUCAAAAGUUAUCAGCGUCGCAAAAUGA